AUGACAUUCCAGUCGGACAAUGGGAAACCCUUUGUGGGGGACCUGACAAAAGAGCUCAUGAGGAGAUCCCAUAUUGCUCAAGCGCAGUCAACAACCUACCAUCCUCAAACAAACGGAUUAGUGGAAAGGCACAACAGAACUCUGGUGAACAUGCUCAGAGUAAAUUGCUCGAGAUACAUGACAGAUUGGGACAAAUAUCUGCCACAAGUGGUAGGAGCGUAUAACAGCACGCAGCACUCAACAACAGGGAUCAAUCCUUUCAUGAUGUUGACUGGCAGGGAGAGAGCAAUGCCCCUGACAUUCUUCUAUCUGGAAUACGAAGGGAAGAAGACGUCGCCGCAUGCGUACGUGAAGGAAGCGGUCAGGAGACAAAAAGAAUUGAACGAGCUCUGUAGAAGGAACACGGCGCAGGCUCAAAUGGGACAGCGGAAGAAGUACGACGAAAAAAAACUUCAGGCGAAACCGAAUGCUGGGGGUCAAUACGUCUGGGUAUUCCAGAAUGUCAUACCCCUAAAAGGGUUUAAGAAGUUACUGAAGAAAUGGAGAGAACCGUUUAUGAUAACAGAGGUACACCCGCAGGGCCCGUUAUAUCGCUUGAUUACAGGGCGUGCGGCGCACUACCAAAAUCUGAAACCUCACGUCCCAUCUCUGGAGGACUGGUGUGUGCCAGAAAACAUGGAAGGACUAGAGUACCUACUGGUAGAACCAGCAUGUGAGGUGAACGAGGAAGGCACCAGAAAGAAGAAUGACGGCAACCAGGACGUGAGCAUGGAAGACAACGAGAAGAUAGAGGUAGAUUCGGACAAAAGAUCUUUCGCGGAGGAAAAUUGA